AGAUUCUAUUCAACACAAAAUCCAAAACUCUUUCGUCAAACGCAAAGUGCUCCUCUUUCUUUUCGUCUUCUCCCUGCGGUUUCACUCAAUAAUAUAACUUAUAAUUCAUCAACAUCUCUCCUGAACCCAUUAACUCAUCAUUCAUCUCCUUCCUCUGCGUUACAGAGAAGAAGAGAAAACCAUGAGAAACGUUUCAAAAAAGAAAUUUUUAACCUGUUUCCGUCCUGUGCAUGAUACGGAUGCAAUGCUUCAACCUAGGGCUGUGGUGGAUCGCUCCUCUAGUCGCCGUUUCGCCUGCAUCCCCGUUGCAGACGAACACAACGCCGGAAGUUCAGCCACCAAAUCCACGUUUUCGGAGCAAGAGUUGCCACAGAAGGUUGUGCCUCAUCCUCCAAAACCAACGUUUUCUAAGGAGAUUAAAGCCAUGCUGAUUGAAACCGUGUUGAAUACAAAAGCUCGCAAGAAAAAUCUGGACAGCCAAACUUGUUUUGGAUCAAAGCGUGGUUUUUCGGUAUACACAGAAAGUUCAUCGACCGGUGAUGUGAAACAAGUUUUUGUGGACAGUAAAAUUGAAAAAAUCAAGCCCUCUGAAUGGUCUUCGACGAUUUCAUCUUCAAACUCAGCGGUAUCUGAAUCAAAGAAUAUAUCAGAGAUUGAGUCCAGUAAUGAAAAAGUAGAGAAUGAAAAGAAGUUUGAGUGCGUAGGAAUAUUCUGGGUUUUCGUGAGCUUAGUAGUUACGGUUUUUUGGGGUAAGGUUAACGUUAUUAUUUGGACAUCGUUGUUGUUAUGUUUUUUCUCUCUUUGGAAUGCAAGUUGUUGUUGGCAAAAAGAGGUUCCCAAGUUGGGGAGCGUAGAAUCCAAAGCCUACAAGAAUAGCCGCAGAGAGCGUAGUGGAAGGAGUGGUCGGAAUAAGGAACAUUGA